AUGUCAAUCACUCAGAAUGGGUAUCGGUCUUUGUCUAAGACAUAUGAGGCAGCAACUGGAUUGACGCAUACAAUCAAACAACUUAAAAAUAGGUACAAUCAACUUAAGGCGGAGUGGCGUGCAUGGUCGAAGCUAAUGGAUAGUCGCAAAGGCCCCACUGGAAUUGCGUUCGACCAAGAGACUGGGUUGAUCAAUGCGUCAGGUGAAUGGUGGGCUAGAAUGCAGAAGGCGGAGUGGCGUGCAUGGUCGAAGCUAAUGGAUAGUCGCAAAGGCCCCACUGGAAUUGCGUUCGACCAAGAGACUGGGUUGAUCAAUGCGUCGGAUGAAUGGUGGGCUAGAAUGCAGAAGGUUUAUAAAGAAUGUUGCAAGUUCAGAACAAAGUGGUUGGAUCAUGAGAAGUUGAUGCGUCACGUAUUCACUGGGGUUGUAGCAACAGGUAAAAAUGCUUGGAUGCCUGGAGACGUGGAACCAAUUGAAGGUGGAAGGGAAGUCCGACAGUGCUGA